AUGACUAGCGGAACGCAAGAUGAGUAUAAACGAUACGUGUUGUUGUUUUUUGUUGUUGCGCAGCUUAUGGUCGCGAAAUUAGGUGUCAAUUGCCACCCGCAAUGUUUGGACGCUAGGCCACCAUUUCGGGCCUCUUCUGUUUCGUUUUGUCCUGCAUAUAAGGACCACGGUUGCUGCAUGCCACAUCAGGAUAAGCAACUUAAAGCAAGGUUUGACAGAAUUCGACUGCUUGUACCCGCGUCUGAAAAGCAACUGUGGACGGACUGUGAAAACUAUGUAAAAACUUUUCUAUGUGAAGAGUGCUCUCCUUAUGCAGCGCAUAUAUUCGAUGCUGAACAAAUUUCGUACGGCACGGUUCCAAAGCCUCGUGCAUUUCCUGGUCUUUGUCGAGGAUACUGCGGGGAAUUUUUUACAAAAUGUAAACACAUUGUGAAGUAUUAUAUGAACGAAGUUGGUAGCGAUUAUAUGGAAGAAGCCAGCAAACUUCAGUCUGCAAUCACUGUGGGAGAGGAAAAGUUUUGCAACGAGACACAUUUGGUAGAUCUUGACUAUUGUUACCCAGGAUUACUUACAAAUCCGAUACUUAUAGGUAAUAUAUCUAUUGAUAAAGUAAGUCAGGAAGGGUGUCUUUGUAUGGAACCUUUUGAUAAAGUUAAAUUUAGAAAUCCAAUCUUUCUGAAACAUGCCAAUGAUGGCUCUAAACGAAUGUUCAUCGGAGAGCAAAUCGGAAUUGUACACAUUAUGUAUCCGGAUGGCAGACGUAUAACACCACCGUUUCUCGACAUCAGCGCGGAUAUACAAUCAUCUUCAUACAAAGGAGACGAACGUGGCAUGUUGGGAAUGGCUUUCCAUCCUAAUUUUUCUCAAAAUCGCAAAUUCUACAUUUACUAUACACCAAGUAUCACGGAAUAUGAGCAGCAGCAAACCAGUGCAGAUCAUAAAACUCGGAUUGAAGAGUUCCAAGUUUCCGCAGACAACCCGGACCAGGUGGACUAUUCCUACCAUCGCAUCAUUCUAGAGGUUUAUGGAUUCUACUGGAAUCACAAUGGGGGCGAGGUAUGGUAAAGGUUAAGGAUGUUUCAUAACGUAUAAUCUUUUAAAGUUUAGUCUUAUGACUUAGGCAUAUUAACAUCAAUUAUAUUUCAUAGGUAUAAUUCAACAAUCAUAGAU